AUGGCCGCCGACGCCGGAGAGCGGUCUUCCGCCGCGGCGCGCCUCCGCCUCGCCUGGCGCGUCGUGCGCGCGGCGGAGCUCCUGGCACUGGCCUUCCUCGUCUCCCGCUCCUUCCCGCGCCUCCCCUACGCCGCCGCCGCCGCCUCCUCCGCCCUCCGCGUCGCCGCCGCGCUCCUCCUCCACCCGCGCUCCGUCUUCCUCAUCGCCAACGCCAUCGUGCUCCUCCUCUUCCUCUUCUCCCGCCGCGACCCGUCCCCUUCCUCCGACCAGGACCACUUCCUCUCCUUCGCGGGCCCGCAGCUGCUGCUGCCGUCGGCCGCCGACUCGCCGGCCCCGGCGUCCGGGCCGGACGCGGUGUUCGAGGACAAGCAGGCGGUGCACGUGACCACGGUGCGCGCCGCCGCCGCCCCGCGCCGGAGCCGGUCGGAGAAAAUCUCUGGCGGGACGCGGAGGGCGGGCUCGCCGGAUAUGCGCCGGUCGGAGUCGGAGAACGGGCGGCGGCGGCGGCGGCGGUCGACGUCCUCGGCGGUGCCGGAGGAAUGGGGCGGCGCGGAGGAGGACGACGACGAGGAGGGGGAGUUCCGGAGGGCGGUCGAGGCGUUCAUCGCCAAGCAGCAGACGCGGUUCCACCGCGAGGAGUCCUUCGGCCUGGUCGUCGCCGGAGACGAUGCUCAGGCCAUCACCGUAGCUGCCGCCGUGUCGCCAGUGAAGUGA